UUCCUUCCCCAGCCGCCCGCCCGCCCGCCCCAGCCCGGACUGCGGCCGCCGCUCUGCGCCCGCCGAGGGAGACGGGCGAGCCCAUCCCCCCUGCCGCCGGGGCGGGCCCGAGCGGGCGGGGGGGGCGCCGGGGCUGCGGCCGGGGCUGGCGGCGUCCGCCCCGGUUGCGGCGCCGCGGCUGCCCCUCGGCCGGGGCUUGUUUGCAAACUGCGCCCAUUUUGUGGGGGGCCGAGCCCGCCCGGACCGCGCUCGCCGCUCGUCACGUGGCUGCCCUCGGGAGAGGCAGUGGGAGGCAGUGGAGCUGGCCUCGGCACCGGGAGAGGCUGGACUUCCCGUCUCUCUGUGCUGAAUGGCUGCGAUGGCGCCCGCUCUCACUGACGCAGCAGCUGAAGCUCACCACAUCCGAUUCAAGCUGGCUCCCCCGUCCUCCACCUUGUCGCCUGGCAGUGCCGAGAGCAACGGCAACGCCAACAACAUCCUCCUGGCUGCCAACGGCACCAAAAGGAAAGCCAUUGCUCCGGAGGAUCCCAGUUUAGAUUUCCGAAACAACCCUACGAAGGAAGAGCUGGGCAAGCUGCAGCCACUAGUAGCCUCUUAUCUCUGCUCGGAUGUAACAUCUGUUUCUUCAAAAGAGCCUCUGAAGCUGCAAGGAGUCUUCAACAAGCAGACAGUCCUUAAAUCUCACACUCUCUUAUCUCAGUCCUUCUUGAAAACAAGUGAUCUGUUGGGGAGGCAACCAGUGUUGGAAUUCACUUUGGAGAAUCUAAAAACAAUGAGUACUAAUAGCCAGCCACCUCUCCCACAAGCGCCUGUAAAUGGCUUGGCCAAGAAAUUGGCCAAAAGUACCAAUUCAGACCAUGAAAACUCUAGUUCUCUGAAUGGUGGGAAGUGUGCUCCUCCUUCUGCUACCCUCCAAGGUGUUGACUAUAAUGCAGGAGGUUCUGAACUGGGGGACUUGAAGACCGGGUUGACCAAUUGCACUCUUCCACACAGAAGCCUUGAUGCAGAGCACACAACUCCAUUUAGCAAUAAUAGCACUGCAAACAAAUCUUCCCUUAAUUCCAUGGAGCAACAGCGGGUGCUCGAGGGUGGCAGUGGAGAGACUAGGUUGCCUGGUGUUGCUAGUCACUCUGACUUUGGGAGCAGUAAGUUGGAGGAGCAGAAACCUUCUCUGUUGGUGGGUCACCACAGUGCUCUCGACUCUGAGAUGAGGACGAGGGCAUUGCUGCGACGGCAGGCAGACAUUGAGAACCGUGCCCGCAGGCUGCAGAAACGCUUGCAGGUGGUGCAGGCAAAGCAGGUGGAGAGACACAUCCAGCAGCAGUUGGGUGGCUUCUUGGAGAAAACUCUGAGCAAGCUUCCCACUUUGGACCCCCUGAGGCAUCGGAGCCAGCUGAUGUUGACCAGAAAAGCGGAAGCAGCCUUGAGGAAAGCUGCGAGUGAGACAGUUACUUCAGAAGGCCUAAGCAGCUUCUUGAAGAGCGAUUCGAUAUCAGAAGAACUGGAGAGAUUCACGGCCAGUGGUAUGGCCAACUUGAGAUCCAGUGAACAAGCGUUUGACUCGGAUGUCACUGACAGCAGCUCGGGAGGAGAGUCUGACGUUGAAGAAGAGGAACUGACCAAAGCAGACCCAGAACAACCCCAUGUACCGCUGAGGCGAAGGGCAGAGUGGAGAUGGGCAGCAGACCGUGCAGCCAUCGUCAGUCGCUGGAAUUGGCUCCAAGCCCACGUCUCGGACCUGGAAUACCGAAUCCGGCAGCAAACGGAUAUUUACAAGCAGAUAAGAGCCAAUAAGGGGCUGAUAGUUCUUGGUGAAGCAUCACCCCCUGAUCCUGCAGUAGAUGAUGCAUCCCGUCCCGUUAGUGCUGAAGUUAAGCUGGAGCCUGGGGCUGACCGGCUGAGUAUUUCUGGAUCCCAGCCACUAGAGAACUCGGGUAUUUCUGCUGCAAAUACUCCUGAAUCCCAUCCCGCCAAGCCCUGUGGAGCACCAAGACCCGUCAAUGGAGUUAUUAACACUCUUCAGCCUGGCCUGGCAGAACAUGCUCAGGGAGAUGGCCAGGAAGCUGAGGAGCUCUUGCAUAAAAAGCAACGACUGAACAUGGUUUCUUCAUCUUCGGAUGGAACGUGUGUAGCAGCUCGCACUCGCCCAGUACUGAGCUGUAAGAAGCGACGGCUUGUUCGACCUAGCAGCAUUAUGCCCCUUUCCAAAAAGGUCCAUCGUAAUAGCCUGGUGCGAUGUAGCUGUGAUGUGAACCCUUCAUGUGCUCUGUGUGGCACUCGAAGCUCGACGACUCUGGAAAUCCAGUAUGAUGCCCCUUUGCUGGAGCGCCUCUCCCAGCUGGACUCAUGUAUUCAUCCUGUCUUAUCAUUCCCAGAUGAUGUGCCGACGAGCCUGCACUUCCAGAGCAUGUUGAAAUCUCAGUGGCAGAACAAACCUUAUGAGAAAAUUAAACCUCCCAAAAAGCUCUCGCUCAAGCAUAGAGCCCCCAUGCCUACCAGCAGCCUGUCUGACCCUGCUCGCAAGGACCGCCACAAGCUGGUGAAUUCGUUCUUCACUGCUGCCAAGCGCUCACAUCAAAAAAUCCAACCAGACAAAGCACACAGGCCGCCUUUAGACGAUUUUACGGCCGUGUCCAAGGCCGAGAGAGCGCCAGAGCGCUCGCUUGUCCAGCCUCCUGCAUAUGACAAAAAGCGAUUGCGAGACUGCUCGUCUGAGAGGAGUGAAGUGUUGAAGCAUCACACGGACGUCGGUGGCCCAAGCUACUUGUCAGCAGCUGCAACCCCCACCCCUCACAGCCCUAUAGCGCGGCAACUGUCCACCUCCUCGGAAGGCUCCGCUCCUGCCAGCACGAGUUCACAGGGCACCUCCAGCACAGCCCAGCCAAGGAGGAGGAGAGGCGAAAGUUCAUUCGAUAUUAACAAUAUUGUCAUCCCAAUGUCCGUUGCUGCAACGACUCGUGUGGAGAAACUGCAGUAUAAAGAGAUCCUCACACCCAGCUGGCGUGAAGUGGAUAUCAGUGCUCUGAAAGCGAACCCUGAUGAAGACAAUGAGGAGAUCGAGGACUUGUCUGAUUCGGCCUUCGCUGCUCGGCAUGGCAAGUGUGAAGAGAUGGAGCGGGCCCGGUGGCUGUGGAGCACGAGCAUGCCCCCGCAGCGGCGGGGCAGCAGGUCUUACAGAUCGACGGACGGACGGACGACCCCCCAGCUGGGGAACCCCUCAACUCCCCAGCCGGCAUCCCCUGACGUGGGCAACUGCCACUCCCAUUCGGAGCUAUCCCACACCCACUCACCGCGCAGCCCCAUCAGCCCCGAACUGCUCUCUGCCCCCCUCACCCCCCUCUCCCGUGACUCCAUGCGGCUUCUGUCCAGCGAGGACACCCGUUGCUCCACGCCUGAGGCUGGCCUUGAUGAGCAGGCUGUGCAGCCCUGGGAGCGACGCACCUUCCCACUCUCGUACGAUCCCAGGACAGAGUGUGAGGACCAAUCUGACCCCCAAGACCGGUUGUCGCGCUGCACCCGGCGCACGUCGGGCAGUAAAUCCUCCCGGGAAACCGAUGGCACUUCUGCUUUGCCCAACCUGGCCAGCCUCAAGAGCCGAACCCCCCUUGCGACACCCUCCUCCUCCUCUUCCUCCGCAGCAGUUCAGCGGCCAGCGCACAGAUAGAGACAUACGGGAAGACAUGAGCAAAACCAACACACAGAACUAACUCUUGGCAUUAAAGCUUCCAAAAUCUGCGUUUGAUAUUCAAACAUCCUGCCGGGAAUUUUCACAGUUUUUAGUGAAUUUAAGGAGUUUAGAAACUGUUUUUUGUUUUUUUUUUUUUUUUUUUUUUUUUUUGGUUUUUUUUUGUUUUUUUUUUUUUUUUCUUCUCCAUGUUUCCUUGUCACAUGAAUGAGAGCCCCCAGAUUCCUCCCAGCGGAGUGAAGCCUCGGGAGGGGAGCAGCCCACCAGACCCCCCUCCCUCUUUCCUCCCCUCCCCUCUUAGGUGUAUAAAACUAGAGCACAGGAUUUAGCUGACUAGCAGACUUCGGGGAUAGUUUUUCUCAAGCAAAAGGGUGUCUUUUUCUCUUAACCCGCUACCCCCCUCCCUGAAAGGUUUUAGUGGAGUGAAAUUAGUGGUGAAAAGUGAUGUCUUGGGAUUGCAACCUUCACUAGCUGUCUGUCUGUCCUCAUGUGCAGAGUGCCCACCCUGCACUUCCACCCUCCGGCCUUUUCCUCCCCUAGGUUGUAGUUCCAGGUAUCCCGAGGGGUGACUCUGCCCCUCCCCGAUCUCCCCUCUGCCCCCAGGGCCGCCCGCCACCUCCUCCUUCCUUCUCCCCUGGUUUGGGAGCAGCCGUUCGCUGUGCAGGUCUGGCUGCCCUCUCCGCCGGGGACAGCGGGGGGGGGGGGGGAAGGAAGGACCCUUUUAGCCGCUUCACGCACAGCUCCGCGUGGGAGGAGUGGGAUUUCGGAAGCAGCUUUGUUCACACCUUGCGUGUUUCUCCCGGGUCGAAGGCAGAGAGGGGAGAGAGUCCCCCCCCAGCCCGGUGCGGUCGGACGCUUCGAGCGGGAGCAGAAGUCACGACGCACUUAAGGGACGCCGUUGGGGACGUGGCUGUUGGCCGAGGCCGGCAGCAGCUUUCAGCUGGGAAAACGCGGGUCUGCGACAGACGCUUGAGCUCUGCCCUCGCGUCCCGGCCCCCCCCCCGCCCCGUAGGGUUGGAAAGUUGGGGUGAGGGCAGCUCGGGGCCGCAGCACCGAGGAGCCGCCGAGAGCGGCCGGCGGCAGAUGGAGCGUCCCGUGCCAGGAGCGGGACGUGGCACGGCAGAGGCGCCGGGGUGGUCCCUGUAGCUGGGUUUGGUCUCAGAAAAGGGGAAAUGAGAGAGGGAAGGGAAGGAGGGCAGGUGGCGGGCGGGCGGGCGGGCGGCUCUCGCCGCGCUGAGGUGGUGGUGGGGGGGUCGGGAUCUGUCACCACUGCUUCGCUCCACUUCCACACACGGUCCGAGAACAGGUGUCGAUUCUGUUUCGUUUCCCAGUCGUUGGUCCGACGUGCCACCUCCUGACAGGUAUUUUACUUUGAAACCGAGUUCGCUGUCGUUCCUCCCCUCCCUCCCUCUCCCCCUCCCUCCCUUCCGCACCCACAGUGACUCCCGGAUCCCGCACACCGUUCCCAUCUGUAACGCUUUCUGAUCCCGACGGUGUGGCUAUUGGUCCCUGUCCUGUUGCUAGCAUUGUGCCUGUCUUAUGUAUAAUCACAUCACCAAAAAAAAGGAAAAAAAAAAUACAAAGGACAUUUUUUUUUUUUUUUCCAUUUUGUAAUCGUAAAGAAAUAGUAGCUAAACUGCUUAAUGGUUGGGGUUUUCACAAUUUUCAACAUUAUCUAGUGUUUUUGGUUCUGUUCUAGUUUAAAGGAUUGUCAUCGUUUCUUUAAAAAAAACAACAAUGCUACCAUAUCCCUCUGCAUAAGUGCUUUUCUAUUUAUAAGGUUGAAAAUUCUGAAUAACCCUUUUAGCAUUAUAAAAACCACAAAAAAACCACCUUGUAUUUUGUAAAUAUUUUCUUUUCCUGCUUUGAGCUGUGUAAUGUCCUUGUUAUAUAGAAAUGCUUUUCUUCCGAGAAGCUGAUCUUUGUUAAUGUCUUGAUUCUGUUGGCAAAGCACAAAUGUGCUUAUAAAAAAAAAAAAAGAAGAAAAGAUUAAAAAAAAAAUUAAAACAGAA